AUGUUCUCUCCCCAAAACGCUGACCUAUUCAAGUCCUACAGCAAACUUGAGAACCACUAUCGUAGUGAGUUCCUUCAAAAGAUUCGAGAAAAGGACGCAAAGCUUCGAGAAUUAAAUCAACCUGUCGAAUGGAUUGCUUCCGAAAAGGUCCACGGCAGCAAUUUCAGCUUUAUCGUUCAUUCCAACAACAACAAUCAAACAGAAGCCAGUCAGACUGCAAACAGCAGCGACCAAUUACAAAUUACAAUUUCCAAUCGAACCACAGUGCUCGACAAGAAUUUCACCAACUUUUAUCCAGAGGCAAUCGAAGAAGUUUGGCAAAGAUAUGAAAACAGUGCCAAGAAAUUGUUUGUUUUGAUCGCUGAAGAAGCACCCUCAUGGUUUGUCAAUAACUUGUCCUCAAUGCCAGAAGAGAACGAGUCGACAGAUUCUGAAAAUGUCGCCACUUCGUCACAAUCAUCAAAGGAGUACAUUCUCAAGAAAAUCCACAUUUAUGGUGAAUUGUUUGGAGGAUGUUUUCCAAAACAUAAAGUGACCAAUAAUGAAGAUUCCACAAAGAGAAAGCACAUUCAAAAAGGAGUCUAUUAUUGUCCUCAUUAUGACUUUUAUGUGUUCGAUGUGUUUUGUUCUUUUGAAAAUGGAGAAGAGAAAUGGGCUGUUUUUGAUCAUGUGGAUCCAUUGCUUGAGAAAGCUGAUUUUAGAGUACGCGCAAAACCUCUCAUUAGAGGAACCUUAGAAGAAUGUUUGUCAUUCGACAUUGAGUUUAACACCACCCUUCCUCAUUUGUACUAUUCUGAAAUUCUUGAUGAGUUGAAUAUUCAUUGGAAAGAGAAAGAAAAUUUGUGUGAGGGUGUUGUCAUUAAGGCAGCUAACAGAAAUGUUCAUGUUGGUGCCAGAGCCAUCAUCAAAAAGAAAAACUCCAAGUUUUUGGAGACAAAUCCUGCCAAAACGAAAAAUAGACAACCUAAAAAGGAUAGAUCAAAAGAGGUGUCUGAAGAUUACGAAAAUACAUGGCAAGAGAUGGAAAGAUACAUCACCAUGAACAGACUUUCAAACGUAGAAUCAAAAAUUGGUACCAUCACAAGGCAUAAUCUUUCACAAAUAAUGAAAGAAUUUGUUUCAGAUAUCAUUUGUGACUACAAUAAGGAUGUCACAAGCGAGGUGAAUACCGAUGAUGAGACAACUGACAAGUGUUGCAAACCCUUGGACCAACUGGAUGAAGCAGACCAAAAGAAAAUAACAAAGAAGCUCUCAGAGACAUGCAUGUCUCUUGUGAAGAGGUAUGUCAACAUGCAUAAUUCAAAUAAACAAUAG